ACUGCGACCGCUGUCUCCUCCUGUGAACCCAGCUCUCUAGCUCAAUGAUUGGACAUGAGCAGCACGGCACCACCAAGUCGCCAUUGCAGUGUGUCCACUGUAUUUAAGGGCCAAAGGCCAGAGACAACUUCUUUAGUGGAUGCUUUCUUUGGUCUGUGUGAAGGACAGCAGCAGGAGAAGAAGCAUUGUACUUAAUUGCUAGCAGUUUUGAAAUAAAGCCAAACCAUAAGGAAUCAGUUACACAAUGAGGCACCCCUGAAACAACAAGGAUAUUAAACUUGGAGUACACAGCCUGACUCACUUCGCCAUGAACUCCAUCACUGUGAUUCAAGCUGGUUUUGGCCUCUCAAAAUGGUGCUGAGCUGAAGUAAGAUGGCCGCAGACAGAAUGACGACUCCUCAGAGCAGCUCCAGACAGAGCAGCUCGCUCUCUUCAUCCCCAAUGAGUACCCGCAUGCAGUCUCUCCAGGUUGACUCAGUCCAGCGCUGGAUGGAAGACCUCCGCCACAUGACAGAGGUAGAAUGUAUGUGUGUCCUUCAGGCCAAACCCAUCGGGGUGGAGGAGGACGCCCAGCAGGGAGAGUUGAUCGUGGCCUCCGGAGUCGGUGCAGGGGAUCACGUGGCCAGGAACAACCUGCAGACGCUUCUCCGCCGAGCAUUGGUGGUCAGCACGGAGCUCGGCAAGAUGUUCCAAAGAUUGGAGAAAGGGCGCUGGCAGAGGGUUCACAGCACCGCUGUGAGGGCCAACUGUCACGUGCGAUCACUGGUGCACGAGUACAGCACUGCCCGAAGCACACCACCUGAGAUGCAGAAGUAUGAGAAAUCUCUGCUGGAAAAGUGUAUGGAGCUGACCAAUAUUACAGAGAGGUGCCUUCACACCGAUGAUGAGUUCUUCCUGAAGUCCAUGAGGGAGGCCAUCCACGAGAUCCUCACAGACGUCAGUGAUUCCUUCAGCAACAUGAUUGAUAUGGCUUUAGCCAAUGAGAUCCGGGUCCUGAUCAAACAGAUUGAUUCAUCAGACAACGUUCACACCAUCGGCAGUGCCAUUAGCAACCUGCUGUCCCUCACCCAGGAUGGACCUCAGCUCUGCAGCAUCAUUGCCAAGGAAGGAGCUGUGGUCGCCCUGUUUAAGAUCUGCAGGCAGGACCGCUUCAGAGAUCUCUACGCUCACGCUCUGAGGACUGUGGCCUCCAUCUGCUGCGUGGAGGAGGGCAUCAACCAACUGGACAAGGUGGAUGGGAUCCUGUGCCUGGCGGACAUCUUGACUGAUGAAACCAGUGUGGAAGCAGCCAGGGCCGAGGCAGCGGCAGUCGUGGCUCAGAUCACCUCCCCUCACCACACGUCUACGCAGCACCUCGCCAGCUUCCUGGAGAGCAUGCAUGACAUCGUCACCGCACUCAUCAAGUUGUGCGAGAGUGCCUCCUGUGGUGAAGUUUUCCUUCUGGCGUCUGCAGCCUUGGCCAAUAUCACUUUCUUUGACAGCAUGGCCUGUGAGAUUCUCCUACAGCUCAACGCCAUCCAGAUCCUGCUGCAGGCCUGCAGAGACCGCCAGAGAGUCGACACACCCUACUCCAAAGACCAGGUGGUGACAAUCUUGGCAAACCUGUCAGUGUUGGAGCAGUGUGCCUCUGAAGUCCUGCAACAACAAGGAAUAGAGCGACUACUGCUGCUACUGGGAGAAAAGCCGUCUUCCGCCAGUCCAUCGGAGGGCGCCGCCUGUGAGCGCGUUCAGCAGAAAGCUGCUGUCACACUGGCCCGUCUUAGCAGAGACCCUGAUGUGGCCCAAACAGCCAUCCAGCUAAAAGCUGUUCCUCGUCUUAUUGAACUGUGUCGCUCCCCUACUGAGAGAAAUAACAGCGACUCAGUGCUGGUCGCUUGCCUGGCUGCCUUGAGGAGGCUGGCAGCAGGGUGUCCAGACAGCAUAGAAGCAGCCGACCACCAGCAGCUGAUCAAACCACGGCUAGUCGACUCUUUCCUGCUGUGUUCCAACAUGGAGGAGAGCUUUGUAUGACAGCCUGCACACCGAACACUGAUAGUGGAGACCUGAACUUGUGUACAUGAUCAUGUGCAUGUACCGUCUCAUGACACAAAGAGGACUAAUGAGCGGAUUCACUCCAAAACAUUGGAUCUAUUUCCUGGCUGGAGCUUUGGUUUGUCACUUCAUGUGUUGCUGAGAUUUUUUUUGUCCAAUUAUCAUACUGGAGUUUUGGAGGAGGGAGUGAAACUGCUUUGUGUCAGUUUGAAUGGAUGCACAAAACAUCUAGAUGUAAAUGUACAUAAAUAUGUUGCAGAGAGCAACUCUAUGAUGACAUAACAUGCAAUGAAUGUGUACGGUGUUCUUGAAAAAAGGUCAUUAGUUUGUUUUAUUCCACUGGGAAUUUCAUAUCAGUAAUAAUAUCAGUAAUUUGUUUGUAUGAGAUGGUGCUACUUUUUUUUGAAAAUGAAAGUAUAAUCUGUUCUGAAAUGAAACACUUUAUAUGCUACCACUGUGCAAUUUUUUAGAUCUUGUCUAAAGACAUUGUAUCCAAAGAAUUUUGGCUAUCUGAGAACAGCGAAAGAUCCUUCACAUGAGUGGAUAGGGCAGUAAAAUGACACAAAUGAUCAUGUGAAGCAUUUAGCAUUGGAGUAUCAGGAUGCUUGUCUGCCUAAAUUCUUCUCAAGUCUUUCAUGGCUGGUCUGUUAAAGUUUUAAAUCAGCAGCCACUUUAUUUGGAUAAACAUUUGCAGCUAAAGUAUUACAGUUGGAUGAACAUGUUUCUAGUUUGAUUGUUAUUUGACUACCUUAAUUGAGAGGGCACUAUAAGUAUUUAAAUUUUUUGAUUGAGGCAUAUGGCAACAUUAUCUAUAGUUUGUUAAAGUGCAUUGUAUGGCAUGUUGAGUUAUUCGCUUGAUUGUUAUUUGCCAUAAUUCUCAAAUAUCAUAUUUGCCACUGGAAAAUGAAUCUAUAAAAAAUGGUUAUGAAUUUGAACAUAGAAAUGCUUUUUUUAUUUAAAGAGAAUGACCAUUAUUGUAUGCCAUGCAUGGAAUAAAGGCAAUCAUCUAUCUCA